AUGAAGAAUAAUACUAAUAGAGUUACUUAUAAUAGUAAUAAUAAUACUACUACUACUACUACUAAUACUAAUACUUGUACUAAUAAUAAUAAUCAUGGGAUUAGACGGAGUGAUUCAAGCAGUAGUAAUAGCAACAUGUCAUUCAUUGAUGAAACUAGUAAUGUUACAAUGAAAGUUAAAGUAAAAAAGAGAAAUCAUCAAUUGAAUAUUAAACAAUCGAGAUUGAGAAAACCAUUACAAAAUGAUAAUUUACUGAAAAAUUACUUUGAAUUUGAUAAAAAGCAACAAUCAAACGAUUUGACUGUUUACAAAAUUAUUAAUACUACUACUACAAAUGCUACUAAUUCUACCACCAACAACACCAACACCACCAGUUGUAGUUCUAAUAAUAUUAAAGAGGAAGAAGAAGAAAAGGAAAAUUUCAUUACAAUGAAUAACACUAUUAAUACUAUUAAUAAUAAUAAUAAUGGAAUUGAUAAGAAGAUGCAUCGAUUUGGAUGUAGAAAACCAACAAUUGAUAAAGUUGUUACAACAGAGAAAGUGCAAGUGAGCAAGAAUUACAAAUCAACAAGUUUGAAUAGUAUUGCAACAACAAGUAAUACUAUUACAAAUAAUUAUUUAAAUAAUCACAACAAUUAUAUUGGAAAUAAUCCAUUGAAAAGUAAUGAAAGAGUUGAAGAAUAUCAACAACAAUUAGAAUAUAAUAAUCGAGUUUAUAAUGAAUUUACUAUUAAUCAUUACAAUGAUGUAAAUAAUAUGAAUCAAUUAUUUAUUAAUAGUAAUAAUAAUAAUACUAUUUCAUAUCCUCUCACUACUACCACAACUACAACUGCUGCUAAUUUACCAAUUCAACAAGUUUACAAUCAACAAUUUAAUAAUCAAUUUAAUAAUCAAUUAUCAUAUUUAUGGAAUUCUCGAGUCAAUUAUUCAAUUAAUAAUAGUGAUAGUAAUAGUAAUAAUAGUCAAACUAAUAAUUCAAAAGAGGAAGAAGAAGAAUUUGAUGAUUGUAAAAGUUUUCUCAGUUCCAUUUCAUUUCUAUAUGAUUAUCAAAAAUAA